ACGUUUGAUACCUAUUAUGGACGAGCUUUGAAACGACUGCGAGCAUUUUUUUGUUUAAACUUCAUGUGCUAGGUGUGGUGUGGAUGGAGUCCCAUCUCUGAACGCCUUUUUUAACCUUUUUUUUUACGGCCAGUUUUUGGAGAGUUUGAAGUUGAAGUCGCACCGAGGGGACCUCCUCCAAAUAUACGACUGGAGCACUCUCACUCCAGCGAACACCAGCAAGCGCUCAGCACUCAACAGCAGCAGCAAAAGCCAAAGAGAAGCCGCAACCUCCAACUAGUGGCUCGGACCUCCGUCCUUCCAGUCACCUCAGUCCAUCCGCCCCGGGCCAGCUUCGAGAGUCCACGGACCAGGCACGGCCACAGCACCUAACCUGGAACCGCACUCAGCAAUCGCACUUUUGGCCCAGCAUUCCACUUUCCCUCCCUUCGCGACCGGCAACGCGAAUCGCGCGACAAUCGCCAGGCACCUCGACAGGCCGCAGCUAGAGAGCACCACCACCACCAACCCGCGCAGCGUCACCGGCCAACCAUUUUGCAUCCCAGGACGGCCACGACCAUUCACCACAGUCCGCAACCCCAGCCGACUAAAGUACUGGACUUUACUUUGGCGACCAUACCAUCAUACCACGGUAUUUCCCCCCCGCCAGAAAAAAAAAAAAAAAAAAAAGAGGACAUGGCUUCGCCCGCCGUCGCCGCCCCCCAGGCGAACGGCGUCACGACAUUGUCGCGGCCACAAUCCCCUGCGUCCGUUACCUCAGCCAAGCGGAAACGCGACGUCGACGAUGACAGCGGCCCAGAACUCAAUGGUUCUGAUGCCGACGGCUCUAAACCAACCGUCAAUGGCCUGCACACGGUCCGCGAUAGCAAAGUACUCAUCUCUGACUUUUUUACCACUCUACAAAGUUUCGAUAUAGGCAGCCAUCCUAUUCUCAAGCGCCCUUUACCCGAGUCUCACUCCGACGACGACCCUUCGCCGCCAAAGAAACCCAAAUCCGAAGACGGAAGCGCGCAACCCAGUAUCGCCGACAAGAUCAACCAGAAUGCCUAUAAUACUGUGGACGAGCUCGUUUCCGACGUUGUCGGAGCAGCAAAGGCACAACUCGCCGAACUUGAAUCUGCGAGUUCCGAGUCCGACGACGGCUCAACCGACGAGGCCAUCGCGCAAACCGCAGCAUUCCGGACCAAGGCGUUGGAGCUCUACAGGCGGGAGAUGGCAUACCCCCAUGUUCCUCGACAUGUGGCCCCGAAACCAGACCUGAAGGAAGCGAUGAAUGGCGGCAUGGGUGGGCUUGUCCUGACUACUGUUGGCGCCGCACCAACAGUCAGGCCUCUGUUUACCAGCCUUCAACGAGUGACAGCUUCCGGCGGGGUUGCAAAGUCACUUCCGGAGGGAUCAUUGCCGCAUGGCGUGACGGCCACGCGUAUACUGCCCGAGUUCACGGCAACAACCGACAAGAACACUCGUUCUUUGACCCUAGGAGAGCUGUUCCCCUCUCCCCGAAAUCUGCCCCCGCUGCAGCCUCCCAAGGCGCCAAAGAAUAUCACCAAAGGCAACGUCCUCACUUUCUACCACCCAGAGCUCACCGAAAAGUCCAGGUAUCGGAGCGGUACAUACUUUACACAAAAUCUUGCUACAGGGCAUUGGCUAGAUUACAGUAACGCAACACCGACUACGCAUGCCCGGUCGAAACAACGAGAGCGAGCGCAGAGUUUGGCGGGUCACCGGCCGUCUUCUACUGAGCUCGAAAUUUCGGAGAUGGAGGCAAUGUUUCGCGGCGCGUUCUCCAGUUUUGCGCCAUGCAAAGAUGACUCGGCUGCCAUCAUUCCUUCUGGUCAACUUGGCCGCAUAUGGUGGCAACGUAUCGGGCGGAGGAAUUUCGAAAAGCUUGUCGAUGUGGAUGGUCCGGAAGAUGGAAAUGUCGACACGACUAUGACUGGCACGGAUGAGGAUAUCGAGAUUGACGAGGAGCUCGUCAAGUCCGCCAUUGAAAACUGGGAUGACAACCUGGUUGACCCUAGCUUGGAGGAGCUCUUGGGUAAAAAGUCCACCGAAGAAAAGGAGAUGGAUGACAUGCUCGAAGAGGUGUCGGAUUUGAUUGAGACUUUGGCAUCCUACCAGCGUAACAGGAAUCUCACGCUCCCUACCAGCCAGGAUCGGUAUUCGGCGGAUCCUGUCAACGCGGAUAUGCUUCGCAAUGGCAACCUGUCUCACCAACCCAGCGAGGAGGAAAUGAUGACGUAUCAAGCACUGAAAGCUCAACUUUCCAGCAUUGUUCAGACCUUGCCGCCAUAUGCGGUAGCUCGGCUCAAUGCUGAUAAGCUUGGGGAGCUUAAUGUGAGCACAAAGAUUGAAAUUCGCACGGACGAAUACAAGGGUGUUAUGGAGGAGGAUGAACAGGCCCGUCUUGCCAGGCAGGCUGCGGCAACAGCCGCAACCACAAAUCAGCGGCAGCAGCAGAGGGGUAGCGUUUCCGGCCCGGGCCAGUUCGCUCAUCAGUAUCCCGGUCAGUUCACACCUUCGGCCCGCCCGAUCGCAAAUGCCCAGCAUUUUCCCCAAACCCCAGGCCGCCCUAACCCGCCCAUGUACCAACAACGGCCACCCUCGGCGGUACCCAUCCCCCAGGUGCUUCCCCAAAGUCAACAACGUGCGCCUCCUCCUCCAGCAUCCUACCGACCACCGACCAACUACGGAUAUGCGCCGCAGCUGGCAAAGGCGCCAGCCCCUUACGGACAGCAUAAUGUGCCCGGUGGCUAUGCGCCGAGCCCACCUCAACCUCGUAUGGCGCCGCACCCCGGCCCCGGUUACAAUAUGGCGCCGGCCGGGCCCCCGGGUCAGCGGUACCCACCUGGAUAUCCGGGGCCCCAGGGCUACCCACAGCACCAGCCCAUGCACCCCCAACAUGUUCAACAUCCUGGACCCCCGCAACAUCCUUCUCCCCACAUGCAACAGCAUCCACAACAACCGGGGUUUGCGCCGCCGCCUUAUACUAAUGGUGCACCCAUGCCCCGGGCUAUCACUCCACAAGUCCCACCCCAGACGCCGCACCACUAUGGCCCAACUCCCACCCCAACACCACCGCCGCCGCCGCCGCCGGGACCACCGCAACAGCACCAGCAGAUGCAACGUGGACCCUAUGGAACCCCCGGGCAGGGUAUGCCGCCUCAAAACAUGCAACCCAACAACAUGCAGCGUCAGUAUGGAGCCGGAUCUCCUCCUAUGAUGCCGGCGCCGCAGAACAUGAACCGGACACCCAGCCUGACCGGCUACGCGACCGUGAUGCCCGAGGUACAACAGCGCCAGGUGAUGGAACAGGCGAGGGCGAGGGCAGAUGCGGAACAGCGUGCUAGUGGACACAUGGGCAAGGUCGCCCAAGGCGAGGUUGUUGGCCUCGCAGGUAUCGGCCUCGGUGGUAACGUUGAUGUCCACAAGAUUGCUGCUGCCAAGGCCAUGCAGAUGGGCGGUCCCGGCGGUCCUCCCGGCGGUGGUUCGGGUCAAGGGCAGGUAACUAACAUGCCGCCCAGCCCCAAGCUUCCCAUGCACGGAGGGCCAAGCCCGGUGAAUGGUGUUACCCCUGUUCCCGUUCCUGUUCCUUCACCUAGCCCGGCCGCACAGCAACAACAGCAGGUGCAGCAGCAGCAGCAACCACCACAACAACAGUCUCAGGUACAGACGCAGCAGCAGCAGCAAAUGAUGUCACAAUCACAGCCUCAGCAGCAACAGCCGCAACCACCCCAAAGCGGCGGACCUAGUCCGGCUCCUCCCGCACAGCAAGGUUUUAGACCUCCUUCUGCAUAGGAGCAGAUGUGGAUGAAUCCGAUGAAUGUUAGGAAUGGGUGGUGAAAUUGCGGUCGAUAGAUGUUGAGACGGCGGGGGUCAUUAAGUGUACGAAGGCGGAAGAAGGAUAAGGAGAAGAAGAAAGGAAGAAGGAGGAAGGAUACGAAAAAGAAGAAGGCUGAAAGGACUGGGAGACAAAGUUUAGAUCAAGCUUGUUUAGUAGUAGUACAUUGAUUGCUUACUUACGCACAUAAAAGCGCUUAUUCAAUAUUCGCGCUGGGUUUUUCUUAUUUGCUGUCUUGUCUUUACGCACACAGAGGCUUUAUCUUACACACAAUCUGGGUGAAGUGAGAGGAAGGAGGAAAGGGAGGGGAAAAAAAAAUAUCGAGAAUAAAGCGGAUAAGUUAUGGGUGUUGGUGGGAUCGUGAAGCGGGAGGUAUAAACAAGGGGCAGGAAAGUAGCGAGACAGGCCUGAAGGGGUGUAUCGAACGAGGAGAA